UUUGUCGCAGACUCGUUCCGAAUGAAAUCGUUUGAAAUCCUCUUCCAACAAAAUCUGUACUUAUUUCUGCUCUUAUCGCUUUAAAGUGCGUCCACGUGUGUUCGUUUUUACGUACUUUAAUCUCAUCUCUCUGUCUCCUUUCUUUCGUGUCUUCUUCGUUUGACGUCUGAAUAGUCGAAGUACAGGAAGUGCAGAUAGGAAGAGAGCGUAAUGGUCGCUUGUCAGAUCAAUAACAGUACAAGAGAAGUGUCAUAUGAGACAUAUUUUAAAUAUUAAUCAUCAGUAGCAUGUAAUGCUGAUUGAGGAUGAUCGAAUUUAAUGAUCAAGAUAAUUGAUGGGCCUACGAUUGACACACACAUUGUGUAAAAUUUUGCGUGUGUGAAAAUGGGUGCAGGAAAAAGUCAAUUUACUGAAGAGGAAUUGCAAGACUAUCAAGAUUUAACAUACUUUACAAAAAAGGAAGUCUUAUACGCACAUCAGAAAUUUAAGGCACUUGCACCAGAAAAAGUUGGACACAAUAGAAAUGCAAAGCUACCAAUGUCUAAAAUUUUGCAAUAUCCUGAAUUAAGAGUAAAUCCUUUUGGGGAUAGAAUCUGUAAGGUCUUUAGUUCUAGUCAGGAUGGUGAUUGUACCUUUGAAGAUUUCCUGGACAUGAUGUCUGUAUUCAGUGACGCUGCUCCGAAAGCUGUAAAAGCUGAACAUGCAUUUAGGAUAUUUGAUUUUGAUGGUGAUGAUAUGCUUGGUGUGGGAGAUUUGAGACAAGUGAUAGAUAGAUUAACUGCACCUCAAAGAUUAAACGACAGUGAUAUGCAACAACUUCUCCAAUAUAUUCUUGAUGAAGCUGAUUUAGAUGAUGACGGUGCUCUGAGUUUUGCCGAAUUUGAACAUAUUAUAGAGAAAAGUAGUGAUUUUUCCAAGAGUUUUCGUAUUCGUUUAUAAAAGAAUGAUUAACAAAUACUGUUAACAAGAUAUCUUCUAUUACAGUAAAAGACUGAAUAUAUUGAUUAAUUAUAAUUGUGACAAUGUAGACACAUAGGCCUGAUAUAUACUUCAGGAAAGAAAAAAACAUGACAUUAACACUUGGAGAAUGUGCCAAGGCUCUACAAUUUAAGCCUAAACCAAAAACGAUACUAACAAUCUUUUUUAUUUUUAUUGGCCUUAUUUAUUCUAUUAUAUAAUU